AGGAAGACUCCCUUUACACACACACACACACACACACACCAAACACUCUAACUGCUAAUGAAGUCGUGAGCAGCAGCAGCUGCACCUCCUGACCGCCAUUCCGCACCCAAAAACUUUCCAUUUCCCUCUUCCCACUCUCGGGACUUCCUUUUGAUCGCCUCCACCGCUUGUGUAUGUGUAUGUGAAAGAGGAGGGGGAGGAAGAGUGUGUGAGGGCUGCCGGAGAUUUACAAUCUGCCUUCACGCUUUUGGGACCUAGGAAAAGAAGAGUUCCACCAUGGACUGCAAGUGAAAGGAAGUCUGUCUUAUGUGUGUGUUAGCCGAAGUUGAGGCUUUUCUCUGUUGCUUCCAGAAGUGUAAGCUGUGCCUUUAACACACACUGAGGGAGGUUAUCUAAAGCUAGAAAACUGGCCUGAAGUGAAAUUGGGGGAAACUGGGGAUUUGGCAGCAUUCCCCCUACCCCAGAAAUGACCUGUGUAUCUGCUGAAUCUGGGGAGGCAGAAGAAAAUCGAGUUCCAUGCUUGACUUUGAUUUCUCCACUGUCGAAUGUAGAGAUCUCCAUGGUAACUCAAAUCCCCAGCCUCUUCUCAGCAGCCUGCAAGAAGCAGUCUUCAACAGCUCAGAGGUCUCACGACCAGGUUUCUCCCAUUCAGCCUUUACAUUUGGAAUAGAAAGUCAUAUUAGCCAGUCUAACAUCAAUGGAACACUAGUGCCACCUGCUGCCCUCAUCUCCAUACUUCAGAAAGGCCUGCAGUAUGUGGAAGCAGAGAUCAGCAUUAAUGAGGAUGGUACAGUAUUUGAUGGCAGGCCUAUAGAGUCGUUGUCGCUGAUAGACGCAGUUAUGCCUGAUGUCGUGCAGUCCCGGCAGCAGGCUUUCAGGGAGAAAUUAGCUCAACAACAAGCCAGUACAGCAGCGGCCACAGCAACAGCAUCUGCUGCAACAGCAGCAUCGACAGCAGCGACAACUGCUGUUCCACAGCAGAAUACACCAAAGAAUGGAGAAGCCACUGUGAACGGAGAGGAGAAUGGGGCACAUGCAAUAAAUAAUCAUUCAAAGCCAAUGGAAAUUGAUGGGGAUGUUGAAAUUCCUCCUAACAAAGCAACAGUUCUCCGGGGCCAUGAAUCAGAGGUGUUCAUCUGUGCCUGGAAUCCUGUCAGUGAUCUGCUAGCAUCGGGAUCUGGUGACUCUACUGCCAGAAUAUGGAAUCUUAAUGAAAACAGCAAUGGUAGUUCUACUCAACUAGUUUUGAGGCACUGUAUAAGAGAAGGAGGGCAUGAUGUCCCCAGCAAUAAAGAUGUAACGUCGUUGGACUGGAAUAGUGAUGGAACACUAUUGGCUACAGGAUCAUAUGAUGGCUUUGCAAGAAUAUGGACGGAAGAUGGAAAUCUUGCAAGCACCUUAGGUCAACAUAAAGGGCCCAUCUUUGCUCUGAAGUGGAACAAAAAGGGGAAUUACAUUUUAAGUGCUGGCGUUGAUAAAACGACAAUAAUUUGGGAUGCUCACACAGGGGAAGCUAAACAGCAGUUUCCUUUCCACUCAGCCCCCGCUUUAGAUGUAGACUGGCAGAACAACACUACUUUUGCAUCAUGCAGCACUGAUAUGUGCAUACAUGUGUGCAGACUUGGCUGUGACCGUCCAGUCAAAACCUUUCAAGGCCAUACGAAUGAGGUCAAUGCAAUCAAAUGGGAUCCUUCUGGUAUGCUUCUAGCAUCCUGCUCAGAUGAUAUGACGUUAAAGAUUUGGAGUAUGAAGCAAGAUACAUGUGUACAUGACCUUCAGGCUCAUAACAAAGAGAUUUAUACUAUCAAAUGGAGUCCAACGGGACCAGGCACCAGCAACCCAAAUUCCAAUAUUAUGUUAGCAAGUGCUUCAUUUGACUCUACUGUUCGAUUAUGGGAUGUUGAAAGAGGAGUCUGCACUCACACGUUAACCAAACAUCAAGAACCAGUCUAUAGUGUAGCUUUUAGUCCUGACGGAAAAUACUUAGCCAGUGGGUCCUUUGACAAAUGUGUUCAUAUAUGGAAUACUCAGAGUGGAACUCUAGUACAUAGUUACAGAGGCACUGGAGGAAUAUUUGAAGUCUGUUGGAAUGCUAGAGGAGACAAAGUGGGAGCCAGUGCAUCGGAUGGAUCAGUUUGUGUUCUAGACCUGCGAAAGUAAAUGUUUUAGAAGAAAUUGCAAAUGGACCAGCAUUGAAUGUGUGGGUAGAAGCAAUCUUCAGAACUAUUCUUAACAUCUCUAGGAACUGCAAGAACUGGGGGACAGAAACAGAAAAGGAAAAAAGAAGAAGCUAGGGUGUAAAACAAAAGCCUCUCUCCCAGGUGACAGAAGCCUGCAAUGUUUUGUCCAUAACUUUUACCAAGGAGUUAAAACACAAUCACUUAGUGCGAGGGGAUGGGGGUGGUUUACACCUGGAACCUACAGCCUGUGGAAGCAGGAGGCCAGCACGAGCUCAAAACCCUGCACUGUUUGGUUUGGGUCUCUGAGAACUCGCUUUGAGGGCUGCAGAAGAAAAGACAAAAAGCUGUGCCAAAAAAUAAUAAUAAAAUAAAAAUAAUAAUAACCUAUAAAGCAAAAUGCUUUGAUAAACCAAAAUGGGAAAAAGAAUCCUCCUCCAUGUGGUGUUGUAUUUUUUUCCUUCCAAUCUGGACACUACAGUUGCUCUCCCAAAGGACGUUUGAAGACCAGUUUGUACUGAUAACACACACAACUUUGUAAUCACAACACUUUCUAUUUUCUAGACUACUUUUAUUUGUUCAGUGGGUUGUUUUUUCUAUCAGCUGGAAUAUUAUAGCCUUGAGGAUCACAGGCUUAUGUUUGAACUGAAUUCUUCCUCUCUUUCUUUCUGCCCUUUUUUCUCUUUGGUUUGUGUCUGUGUCCCCCCCCCCCUUUAUGCCCACAGUAAAUGCAGCCAGGUGGGUCAAAUGAAAAGUUGUAAGAGACUGCUUGUUGUUUCCUCUUUCUCGCCCCCAUCUUUCCUCUCUCUUCCUACCCAAUCCCAGAUUCUUAUUCUUAUGCCUUUUUUUAAAAGUACUUCCAUGCUUCAGAACUUAGUCUCAAGGGCACCUUCAGCAAAUUGUGUAAUAAGUGCUUUAUGUAAGAAUGCAGUGCCGGGAAAGCUUUUUACAGGAGAAAGGAUGACUUUUUGAAAAAGAAAGAACCAAGUGUAUUUUUGGAAGAAGAAGAAAGUAUUUUUUAUGUUAAACAUUUUAGAAGCAUAAAAUGUCCACCAGAUGUAGACUGGGUUGUAUUAGUCAUUCAGAAGAACAAUUCUGAUAGAAUCUGAUACAAUUUAAAGAUGCAGUUUCCAUUUUAUCUCCUCCUCAUAAAAGGCAAUUUGCUAAAACACAUUUCAGGGUGCUGAUUCUUUUUGAAUAGUUUUCUGCAGGAAAAAACACUGUUUGCAUGGUUUAAUUUCAUUGCCAGGACUUAGUGAUGGAAAGUAUCACUGCUGUACUUGAGAAGUUUAGAGUUUUAAAAAUAGAUAUUCUUUUCUGAUUUAUGUAUCCAAAUAGUUACAGGUUUUUUAUGUCAACAUUUGUCUUGCAAAAAUAUUUCCAGAAAUAUUGUUUAAUGGUCUGACUAUACCAUUUUAUUCAAAAAUGAGGUGUUUGUUUUUUAAAAAACAAAUGUCUAUUUUAAAUAAUAGGACUGCAAGCAACAUAUUCAGUUUUAUGGGGUAUGGAAUAUUUUAUUUUAGAAUGGCCAUCUCUGUUUCCAAAUAGAACUACAUUAGUGCCUCUAUAGUCCUGCUUUGCAGUGUUCUCACUUUUUCAGUGAACUGGACUGCUGCUCCACUGCCCAAGAAAUGGUAGAGGAAAUAAGAUGGGAAUUCUAAAUACAGGUUUAAGCCAACAAAACAGCUGCUGGGAUUUUGAAAUUGCUAAUUGUUGUCCCCCUUUUCUUUGUAAGCAAUUCUGGUGUAAUACAGCAAUUUCUAUUGGAUUUUACCUUUACCUGAGACACUCAGCACUCUGAAUAGAUCAGCAAGUGCCCUCUGAGAGGAAGGUGCUACAUCUUUAGCAUGGUAAACACUGGGUCCCUGUGUGGGGCUUCAUAAGCCCCAGUACUUCUAGGGUAUAACAAAAAAAAAAAAGCCCCUAAUACAUAUUAGAAAUUGCAUUUUUUUUCUUUAAAAAAAUAAACUAGCUAAUUUUUGAGCCAAGUGAAGUGCACUUUGUCAAAUGUAAGGGUCGUCUUUGGUUUUUUUGGCAGGAGGGUUACUGUUGUCCUUUUUUUUUUUUUUUUUUUGCCUUUUAAAAAUGUGGUUCUUUGUCCAUUGCAGAAUUGUUCCUUCAGCCACUCACUGAUAUUCUGAAUUCUGGCUUCCCAAGUUUUAUUGUCUGUGUCAGACUUGAAGCCAGACUUGGGUCUCAUUCAGCAUUUCCCAGGUUCUGUUGAAACGACAUCUUCCCCCACCUCCUGUUUUGUCCACACACCCCAUCCCCUCUCGUGCACACAUUCUUUUUCUCUCUCAGCAAAUCACCUUGUGUGUUGUAGUUCAUUUGUUUCAAGGAGAGAAUCAGCAGAUCAUAUUCAGUGUCUUGAAUAAAUUGCUAUAUUUUGAUAUUAGAAAA